AUGGCCACCGGGGGCUACCGGGCCGGCGGCGCCAACAACACCACCACCGACUUCCUGGAGGAGUGGAAAGCCAAGCGGGAGAAGAUGCGGGCCAAGCAGGCGCCGCCGGGAGCGGGGGACUGCAAGGCUGCGGGGGGCGUCGCCGUCGUGACGGCCGCCCCCCCCGCCGCCGCCGCCGAGCUCCACAAUAACGGCGGCGGCGUCGUCCCCCUGGCGGCCAGGUGCGGCCCCAAGGAGCCCCCGUCGCCGUCCCCGGCGGCGGGCAGCGCGGAGGCCUCGGCGGGGGGGCCUGCCGAGGAAGAGCCGGAGAAAGCGGCGGCCAAGGGCAAGGGCUCGUGGGGCCCCAGCGCCCGCAAGGGCAAAGGGCAGAUCGAGAAGAGGAAGCUGAGGGAGAAGAGGCGCUCCACGGGGGUGGUCAACAUCCCGGCCGCUGAGAGUUUAGAUGAAUAUGAUGAUGAUGAAGCAGGACAAAAGGAGCGUAAAAGGGAAGAUGCAAUCACACAACAGAAUACAAUGCAGAAUGAAUCAGCCAGCACAGACCCAAGUGCUUCAUUCAUAUUACAGGAAAACUCUAGGACUGUUUCAAACAGAUAUAAAAGCACAACAAAUACAGCAGACGAUGAUGUUUCUAGUAGAUACUCACGAGCAGCAGACAGGACAGGAUAUAACAGAUAUAGCAGGGAAGCAAAUUCUUCUGUCAAUAUCAUACCAAACAAUUCUUUGGAAAAGAAAAUUGAAGAACUUGAAAAGGAGCUUGCUAAAGAGAGGCAAGAAAACCUAAGGCUUGUAAGGACAGCACAAGACAAAGAAGAGUUGAUUGGUAAACUGAAGGAAGAAAUUGAUUUACUAAAUAGGGACCUUGAUGAUAUAGAAGAUGAAAAUGAGCAAUUAAAGCAGGAAAAUAAGACACUGUUAAAAGUUGUUGGACAGCUGACAAGGUAGAAGAUGGAAUCCGCGAAGAGGAACAAAAUAUAAAAACUACUGAUUGAAUGUUAAAGAUCAAGGCUAGAACAUUUCCUCUGUUGCAAUAUGUCAAAACAACUGUCUUUAUAUUUAUUGUUGUGGGUGGGGUGGGGAGGAUGAAUGCUUUACAUAAUGCUCUUUCUUCCUUAAGUAAAACUAUCAAGUUCUAUGACUACUCUUAAACUUUUAUCCAAGAUACAUAACUCGAAUAUUGACAUCUCGUAAAACAUCAGAAUCCUGAUACCGAUGGGUCUUUAGAUUUAUAUGUACAUGGCCCAGU